GUUUGGGUUAUGAGAGUUGCGGUUUUCUGUUGAUCAUUUUUUGUUCAUUCUAAUUGUUGAAUUAACAAUUUAUUUUAAUUGUUCACAUUUUAAGAUAAAUUAUUUAAUCAAUUUAACGUUAAAUUAAGUGACAAUGAGUAAUAUUUAUAUUAAAGAACCAGCAACUAAUGGAAAGGUUAUAUUGAAAACGACAUUAGGUGAUUUUGAUUGUGAAUUAUGGUCUCGAGAAGCACCAAAAGCGAGUCGGAAUUUCAUCCAAUUGUGUAUGGAGGGUUAUUAUGAUGGUACAAUUUUCCACCGGGUACUUAAAGGAUUUAUCGCUCAAGGAGGUGACCCAACGGGAACUGGUUUCGGAGGAGAAUCGGUUUAUGGUGAACCAUUUAAAGAUGAAUUCCAUUCACGAUUACGAUUUGUUCGUCGGGGACUUUUGGCCAUGGCAAAUUCAGAGAAAGAUUCAAAUGGGUCACAAUUUUUUUUCACUCUUGGCGCUUGUCCUGAACUUCAGGAUAAACACACGAUAUUUGGUAAAGUUGUUGGAAACACCGUUUACAAUAUGAUCAAAUUUGACGAUCUUCAGAUUGACCAGAACGAUAGGCCAUUGUAUCCACCCAAAAUUCAUUCAACGGAAAUAGUUUUCAAUCCUUUUGAUGAUAUUAAACCUCGUAAACGGGAAAUCAAGAAGGUUGACAGAAAACCGGAAAAACCGAAAAUAAAAGGAACCAAAGAUUUUAAAUUACUUUCAUUUGGUGAUGAAGCCGAAGAGGAAGAGGAAGCAGUCGAUGAAGUGAUUAAGGCAUUUAAAAGCAAGAGUAAAAGCAGCCACGAUUUACUGGAUGAUCCAAAGUUAAGCUCAAUACCUGCCGUUGAUCCUUCACUUGUUGCCAUCAACAAUAAACGUUUAAAAGGUGAUGUAAAGGAUAAGUUAAUGGACGAAGAUGAUGCCAAAGGAGAUUCAGAUGAAAAUGAUAGCGAAACAAAUAGAAAGAGGAAAAUCGAUGUCGCCUCAACAAUUAGAACCAAAUUCAUUUCGAAAAGUAAUCCGUUCGGUGAAGGAACAUCGAAAGAUUUUCUAGACGAUCCAUUGCUAGAUGAAGACCCGAUGAACGAUAAACAAUCAAGAUUAGAGAAACUUAAAAGUGAAUCGAAAGAAUUGAGAAAAUCUCUUGCCAAGAAAAAGCCAGAACCAGAGAUUAAAUCAAUUAAAUCGGAAAAGAAAACAGAUCCAUCGAUUGCCAAUCUAAUGAACGAAAUAGUAAAAUUAAAAACUGACCUGAAAAAUCAAAAGACCAAAAAAUCCGACACCGAGGUUUUAUUUGAAAAGUUCAAAGCAAAACUCAAGUCAACUCAACCCACUGGUGAUAAAGAUGGUGGCGGUGAAUCAACAACAACAAUUAAAUUGUUUAGCCAUAAAAUGAUCAGUGAAGAGUCUGAACCUGUCCUGGCAAAAGACGCUAAUCUAAUUAAAGAAGCCGAUUGGUAUGAUAUUUAUGACCCGAGGCAUCCAGUCAAUAAACGGAGACGUGAACAGGGUAAUGAAUCAACAGGAACAAUUAAAAAAUCCAACAAUCAUAAGAGUUAACAACAGACAAUAAUCAACAUAAUCGCCAUGAAAAUGGGGCCAAGAAACAACAAUAAGCAAGUCAACACAUCAGCAACUUAAUGAUUAUUACUAAAAUGAUUCAGUUCAAGUUUGAUGAUGAACAUUAAAAUCAAAGAUCAUGGAAACAUUUUCACCACCGAGCGGAAUCAAUGAAGUUACAAUUUAUCUUCUCAAAGGGCAUCAUCAUCAUCAUCAUCGUACCAGAAGAAGGAGGAAAAAGUGAAAAAAGGAUGAGUAGAGAGGUGGAAGAAGGAGGAGAAACAUGAUGAUAAUCACUCCCAUCAUCAUGAUCACCUCCCCGGAAGAUGAUGAUGAACAUAAAUUGUGAGCAAAUGAUUCGGAUUAUACCUGGAAGAUUUUGCCUGUUUUCCUGAGAUAAGGUUGAAAAGGAAGCCUGAAAAAGUGAGAUAACCUCAAUGGAUCAAUGAUUUAAGGGACAUGCUUAUUACGAAAAUAUAACUAUUUGAUUGUUAUUACCAAAUGCACAGUAAUCAAUUGAUUAAUUGUCUAACCAAUUGAUCUAAAUCAAUUGGCUAUUUCCUUCCAGUCAAAAAUUAUGGUUAACUAACAAAUCUAAACUAAAUCUAAAUCAGAUAGAUUUCAGAUUUCCUCACAAGUUAUAUUUUCAUCUCUUGUAUUCUUAAUUAUAUAUUAAUACUUUUUUUUCUUCUUCUAUUUAAUCAUAACAAUCAACUAAUUCUCAACAAAAUGAAACAUUCACUUUAAACUUUUUUUAUACCCAAAUGAAAUUAAGAUUAUCCUUAAUUUUUCAAAUUAUCCAACCGAUAAACAUUUUCUCAUAAUCAACAACAAUCAAACACUGAAUUAAAUUUGAAUAAAUUACUAUUCUAAUAACUGAUUAUGAUGAUAAUCAACAAGGAAAACAUAAUAAUAACAAUCAAUUUCCUCCCUUGUAAUCAUCCCUUAGGUAAACAAAUUGAGAAAAUUGGAAACGAGCUCAUCUCAGAAAUUAAAAGUUACUAAUCUUUAA